AACGUCAAUCAAACGCUAACUCCGUAGUGUUCCCGGAGCGUUUGAUGAGACCGACGGUCCCAGGAAGCAGCGCUGCUUAUUUUAUGUUUUAUAGCGAUAAAGACGGGGGAAGCGUUGAAUUUCGAGAUCAGGGGGUACAAAUGAAGAAAGUGAAAUAAUGCCAAAUAAUUUCAGGUUAGCUUGCUGUCAACGUCAGAGCGCUUUUGUUAUGAUUUGGCGUUGAUAUCGGCGAUGUUUACCGUGCAGCCCGUUAAGUUCCCCUGAAGGGUGGCACAGUAACGUUAAGUGGAGCCUUUAGCCUUCGACUGCCUAAAUAUUAGGCAGAAAAAUACGAAAAUUCACAUUAUUUCUCAUAUAUCGUGCGGUGGCGCCAAGCCAGUAAUUUACUCUGGAGCAGGACACGGAGGAUAGUAUGGCCAUGACGGUGGAGACUGCAGCUGCCCUUCCCAUGAGCAAUCACACCCGAGAGAGGGUGACUGUGGCCAAGCUGACACUGGAGAACUUCUACAGCACUCUACUCACCCAGCACGAGGAGCGGGAGAUGAGGCAGAAGAAGCUGGAGAAGGCCAUGGACGAAGAGGGCUUGCCAGAUGAGGAGAAAGUAAUGCGCCGCUCGCAGCAUGCCCGUAAGGAGACUGAGUUUCUGCGACUGAAGAGGACGCGACUUGGCUUGGAUGACUUUGAGUCCCUUAAAGUUAUCGGACGGGGUGCUUUUGGAGAGGUCCGCUUGGUGCAGAAAAAAGACACGGGGCACAUUUACGCCAUGAAGAUUUUGAGAAAAGCAGACAUGCUGGAGAAAGAACAGGUGGCUCAUAUCCGGGCGGAGAGGGAUAUUCUGGUGGAGGCGGACGGCGCCUGGGUGGUCAAGAUGUUCUACAGCUUCCAGGACAAGAGGAACCUCUACCUCAUCAUGGAGUUCCUUCCUGGAGGCGACAUGAUGACCCUGCUGAUGAAGAAAGACACUCUGUCUGAGGAGGCCACCCAGUUCUACAUCGCAGAGACAGUUCUGGCCAUCGACUCCAUCCACCAGCUGGGCUUCAUCCACAGAGACAUCAAACCAGACAACCUGCUGCUGGACUCCAGGGGACAUGUGAAGCUGUCCGAUUUUGGCCUGUGUACGGGACUGAAGAAGGCUCAUCGCACAGAGUUUUACAGGAACCUGACGCACAACCCGCCCAGUGAUUUCUCCUUUCAAAAUAUGAACUCCAAGAGGAAAGCAGAAACCUGGAAGAAGAACCGGAGGCAGCUGGCUUAUUCUACUGUUGGAACGCCAGACUACAUUGCUCCGGAAGUCUUCAUGCAGACGGGAUACAACAAGCUGUGUGACUGGUGGUCUCUGGGUGUCAUCAUGUAUGAAAUGCUCAUCGGUUACCCCCCCUUCUGCUCUGAGACGCCACAGGAGACAUACAGGAAAGUGAUGAACUGGAAGGAAACCCUCGUCUUCCCACCUGAAGUCCCCAUCUCAGAGAGGGCCAAAGACUUGAUAUUAAAGUAUUGCACUGAUGCUGAGAACAGGGUUGGAGCUGUGAGUGUGGACGAGAUCAAGAAUCACCAGUUUUUUGAGUCGGUGGACUGGGAGCACAUCAGGGAGCGGCCAGCAGCCAUCUCCAUUGAAAUCAAGAGUAUCGACGACACCUCAAACUUUGACGACUUCCCCGAAUCAGACAUCCUUCAGCCAGCCAAUGCAACGGAGCCAGACUUCAAAUCGAAGGAUUGGGUGUUCCUCAACUACACGUACAAACGCUUUGAGGGUCUGACUCAGCGAGGCACCAUCCCCACAUACAUGAAGGCAGGGAAGGCCUGACACGGGGAGACAGGGUUGCGGAGGCAAAAAAACAGACGUUUACGGACACAGGGUCGGGCCGUGGAGCCCCGCUGGCGCUGAAGGCUGCGCUGUCAGCCUCUAAAUAUAAAUUUAACCCUCAUCACAAGUUAUUUAGGUCUGCUCAGCCGCCGCAAGAACGCCAAGUGCUUGGAAAAUUAAGGAGCAUUACCGCAUUACCUCGGUUGUUCGUAUCAUAUACACGUGACGUCUUUAGCCAUAGCUCUCAGGCCAGCUCACUAACUAGGGCACUAAAUCAGCAUACCUGCAUGUUCAACAGCAUAUUGCUUCUGGAGAGGACUGACUUUCUACUGCCCAAAGGCAACUAUGGGAAUGAAGAUUAAGUACAAAUCCCUGCUUGAACAUCUUCACAGCUAUAGUUUCUACAGUACCCUGGUGGCUAAAUUAGCUCUGAUGCAUCAUUUCAAACACUGAAGACAAGCUCUAUACACUGUAGUCAGAAAGAUUAGUGAGUAAGAACAGGUAUCCCUCACUUGUUCUUGCCCAUACUGUUACACUCUGUGGAUUUUGAAGGAAAGUUCCAGCAUGAUUUCUAGGGUUUUGGCUCACCUUUGGCUUUGUAUUCGAGAGUUGCUCCCACUAACAAAGGUAGCAUCCAUUUAAAAGCGCAACAUGUGAAAAUCUUUCAUUUCAAUUUCUUUCUAGCAGUGAGAAGCAUCUUGUUAUGGCAGUAGAGCCUGGUGAAACCUCAGCAUCAGCUUUUCUUUAUGUGAAAAGAGACAACUUCUGGGGAUUGUGGUGGUGCUAGUUAGCAAAAUGCUAGCGGAUCCCAAUGGAAGCUCAAUUGGCAUUUAUGACCAAAUAUAUCAAACUAAUGACAUUCCCACCGGUGAUAGCUGUACUAGCAGCAAAUGUUAGCAUGCUAACACGCUAAACUAACAUGGUAAAAAUCAAAGCUGGUUAAAAUCAACAUGUUAGCUGUGGAUGUUAGUACGCUGAUGUUAGCAUUUAGCUUAAAGGUCCCAUGACAUGGUGCUCUUUGGAUGCUUUUAUAUAGACCUUAGUGG